AUGCCGAAUGUAUUAAGUGUGGAAAGGAAAGAUAAUGCUUUUUGGACUUUUAUUGACAAAAAUGGUCGUCUAAAUAGUGGACUAAGCCUCAGUCAACAACUGGGAAAAUCGUCCAACACCGUAUGUGACUGGAUGAAUUUGUGUCGGGAUAUACCAGUGAAAAUGUUCGAAAAACGUAAUAAAUUUGGAGGACCUAAUAUUAUUAUACAAGUCGACGAAUGUUUGUUAAGAGGAUCCAGAAAUAAUCAUAAAGGUCGAUAUCGACUUGCAGAUUUGCCGAGUGAAAACAUCGAAGACGAAAAUGAAUUCCCUCUUGAAAAUGGAAAAAGAAAUUAUGGUAAACGAAUGGACGGUCCUUGGGUGUUUGGGUUAUGCGACGAUAGUGAGGGACGAUAUUUUGUUGUCGAAAAGCGGGACAAGCAAACUUUGCAUGAAUUAUUAAAUGAGAGGUUGUAUUGGGUUAUAUUAUAA